AUGAGUGAAGACGGCUUGUGUGAGAAGUUUGUGUCAAUGAUCUCCAGGAAAAGAAGAUCUGAUGAAGACAUCAACGCUCUCUCUGGUGAGAAAAACCUGAUAACCGAGUACUACAAGCCCUACCUGGCUUAUGUGAUUGACUAUGACAUCACGAGUAUCCUGCAGAACCUGGCCACCAAGAACAUCCUCACCAACGAUGAGGCCAAGAGAUUCAAAGCCAAAGAAGAGUGUCAGGGGCGGGCAGGUGUGGAGUCUUUCAUCAGUGACAUAAUGAAGAUGAAGAGUGGGGUGCUGGUGGGCAUGUGGGAGGCGCUGGCUGAAGAAUUUGUGAGAUUUCCAUCACCAAACCUGACAAGAAUACUGAAGGAGGUGACAGAGGGCGGACCAGACCUUUUGAUGAACAUUCAGGCCAGUCUCCAGCCCACUCCCAUUGAUGAUGGUAUUAAAGGUCUCCAUGAGACACACAGAGGUGGUGUGUCUGAAUCCACAAAAACUCUAGAGGAUCAGGCUUCUCCUGGAUAUCCACACACCAGAACUGUGGGCUUUGAGACUCGAUACACAGAGCUGAUGAUCAUCAAACAGUUCAAAAGAACCUACAGUGAGAGGCACCAUGAACUUGAGAAGAUGGGGAGAACUCAUGCAAAGCUGAUAGAGGAGCGGACAAAGGAGAAAUGUGAGCGAAUCUGGACUGAGCAGCUUUUUAGUAGGAGUCCUGGAAGUGAAACAGACCCUCACAUUGUAGUGGUCAGUGGAGUGGCUGGAAUUGGGAAGACCACCAUGGUGCAGAAGAUCAUGUUUGACUGGGCCAGAGGCACUCAGUACCAGAGGUUUGCAUUUGUGUUCCUGUUUAAAUUCAGAGAGCUCAACCUACUAGACACAGAGACAGAGCCACAGAUGCCUCUGACCAGUCUGAUUGCAAGGCACUAUAAAUAUCUCAAUGACGCGAGACUGAGGGAAAUCCUUCAGAAACCCAAAUCUCUGCUCUUUAUAUUUGAUGGACUGGAUGAGUACAAACACAAACUGGAAUUCAAACCAAGAAAACUCUCCUCAGACCCAGUUGAGAGCUUCUCUGUCCACAUCUUGGUCUCCAAUCUGAUCAGAGGGAUAUUACUGAAGGGCUGCACAGUCCUGAUAACCACCAGACCAACAGCCCUGGAGUCCCUAGACAUGAAGAGAGUUGAUCGAUUUGUAGAGAUCCUGGGGUUCUUCCCUGAACAAAGGCUGAUGUACUUUAAGAAGUUCUUUGGUGAUGCUUAUCAGGGCUCUGAGGCUUUUCAGUACGUAGAGGAGAACGCCAUCCUGUACACCAUGUGCUUCAACCCCUCGUACUGCUGGAUUAUCUGCUCUGUGCUGAAGAGCCACUUCAUGACACCUGAAGAAGAGCGAGGAUCUGCCCCCAGAACUGUCACUGAACUCUUUGUGAUGUUCCUUCACAACAUUCUCACCAAUCAUAAGCGAGAAGCCAAGAACCAGCAAGAGAUUCUGAUCAAACUAGGAAAGAUGGCUUAUUAUGGGUUGGCUAACAGAACUCUAGUGUUUUAUGAUAAGUUUGAGAUGUCCACCUUUGGUCUCCAGCCAGUCCUGUCCUCUCCAUUCCUCUCAGGUUUCCUCAAAGAAAUCCUUCAGAGAGAAAGCACUCUGGAGCACACAACGUACACAUUCUACCAUCUCACCCUGCAGGAGUUCAUGGCCGCCUGCUCCUUCUACCUCAAUCCAUCAGGGGGCAUUGAGGAGCUGCUUGAGAAGUUGGACUCAUGUAAAGAUGGCCGGUUUGAGAUUCUCACUCGAUUCUUGGCAGGACUGGCCAGAUAUUCUGUAUUUAAAACACUGAGGGGAGUCAUGGGGGAGUUUGAGAGGAAGACAGCAAAGCGAAUACUGGAGUGGGUGAAGCAGAAAGCUGAACAGACACUAUGGAGACGAAAUAAACGUGAAGCUCUGCGAUUGUGUCAGUGGCUCUAUGAGACUCAGAAUAAGAAAUUAAUCAGAGACGCCAUUGGGAAGGAUUUAAAGAUGGAGUUUAGUAAGAUGACUUUAUCUCCUCUGGACUGUGCUGUACUGGGCUCUGUCAUCAGCUGCUGUGGAGAACUUGAGGAGCUCAACCUGUCACAGACAGAGCUCACCUCAGAGUGCAUCAGGAGACUGGCGCCGGGGCUCAUCUGCUGCAGAUGUGUCAA